UUAUGGUCAGUAUAACCAAAACAAUAACAACGUGAUGAUGACAACCCAAGCUUUGCCUCAACAACAACAACAACCUCUUUAUAACUCGUUUACGUCAUCACCUACAAUUUAUAAUAAUGAUGACCUUUUAAUUUUAAGAAUCUCUGGUCGUUUCUCGAUGAUUAAAGAUUCUAUUAUGACGAUAAAUCAACAAUAUACUGAAUUGGAACAAGAUUUCAUCAAGUUAAGACGCAAAUAUAAUCAUA